CAUUUUUGGAUGCAAAAGGGGAACAGAGAGAAACUAUAAUGGAAAAGCUUGCUGCUCUAAUGAUGAUUUUCUUGCUAGCCAUGCCAAUGGGGCAUUGCAGCAUUGAAGGGCCCGAGGAAGUGGAUGAAUGGUUCCAUAAGCUUCCUCAUGCAAAGGAAAAGGUUACCAAGCUCCAUUUCUUCUUUCACGACAGAUUUGCUGGAAAGAACGUAUCUGCGGUGCGGGUUGCCCAUGCGUCCAGCACUGCCAAAUCGCCAACUGCAUUUGGUCUAGUUUUCAUCAUGGAUGACCCAUUAACAGAAGGGCUCAAACCCACGACCAAAGAACUGGGUCGAGCUCAAGGACUGUACGCGUUUUCUGGGCGAGAGGAACUGAGUCUGCUGAUGGCCAUGAACUUGGUUUUCACAAGCGGUGAGUACAACGGCAGCACUCUUACCGUUUUGGGCAGGAACCCGGCCGUGCCACACCGUGAGAUGCCGAUCAUAGGUGGCUCAGGAGUUUUCCGACUGGCACGUGGAAUUGCGUCAGCGCAGUUACGUGAAUUCAACACUACCACCGGUAACGCUCUCAUCGAGUACAAUGUUGUAGUGAUUCACUAUUAAAGUGAUGGUGGCUUAAGCUUGUUCUCGUCUCCAUAUCAAAAGAAUAGGCGACGAGACAAUGUUGGCAGAUUGAUAUUUCUUUCUUUUUACUUUUUGGAUGCAUUUUGUUCUCUUUUUAUAUGGUUGUGGAAUAAUAAUGUGUGGAGAUACCUACGAGACCUUCUAA